GCUUUUGUCACAUCCUGUUAUGUGUUUUUGGGUGAGUGCAUGGCCGCUCUGUUGAUUCCGAUCCUAAUUUUGUCUCCUUCUCAAUCUCAGUCGCUGUAUUUAUGUGAUGUUAAUGCAAUAUAAUUCGUGAUGGUGUUCAUAAUAAGGCCAUGGAUUUGAUGAAAACGAAAUUGUGUGCACGUGGGAGGACUAUGAAUUCCUAGAUUUGUCCGAUGUGAAGGAAGCCGACUUGAGCAGCCUGCACAGCGCAUUGUUCAAGCUGAAUCCCAAAGGAUUGGAGGCGGCUGGCAAGGUCCAGUGGCCAGAAACAGCCAUUGAUAUCCCAGGCGGGCUAGUCCGGGCGCGCGCGGUGUCGGGCUCGGUGGACGGCGGCGACGAGAUGCCGCCGUCGCCGCCCCGCGCCGCGCCGCCGCCGCCGUACGCGCCGCCGUACCCGCCGCAGCAGUGGCCCGUCGCGCCGCCGCCCAAUGUCUAUGUUAGCCAGGUGACGGCGAACGUGAACGUGCACGGCUACAUGGGGCAGUACUACCAGCCGCAGCAGUACGGGGACCGCGGGCCGCGCCAGCACCGCCGUGGUCGCGGCAAGCGAGCCCCCUCGCCGCCGCCGCCGCCGCCAUACUACGUCCAGUACCCGCAUUACUACCCGCCCGCCCCAGCCCAAGGAGCUCCGCUGUAUCACCUGCCUGUUUAUCAACCUGUGGUGUAUCCGUCGUACCCGUAUUAUUAUCCGGAGUACCCCAUGCCCGUUGAGGGAGAGGAGAAACCGGAGGAGUAUCCCCCAGAAGUGGUGAUGGAACAGGAAGCGGUCGACGCGUAUUAUGCUAACGCGCAUUAUGCGGGUCCGCCGUACGCGCCGCCUGUUGAUGGACCCAUGGAGUACAUGCCGCCCAUGUACCACAUGCCGCCGCCGGCGCACCCGCCGCCCCCGCACCACGCUCCCCACCCCCCGCAUCACACGCCGCACCAGUUCAACGUGCACGCAAAGAACUUCGUGCUCCCCAACCACAAGCCGUAUUCACCACCGGAUAAGAGCCAGGAGCAGAAGCCGGCGAGCGUGUCGGCCGCCGUGGCCGUGGAGACGCUGGUCAAGGACAUGAAGAUCAGCCCAGCAUCAGCCAGCCCCAAGCACUCGCCCACGCCGCCCGAGCCCAAGCCGCCCACGCCCGUCGACAAAGCACCUCCAGUCAAAGUGGAGCCCAAGACGGCCUGGACUCCGACCGAGCAGAAACCGGCCGAGGCAGUCGUGACGCAAGCGCCGCCGUCGGCCAAGUCCUUCCCGCCCAUCCCCACCACCGCGGCCAACAAGAUGGCGCCGCCCGUCAGCAAGGUCACCACCAAGACGCCAGCUCCCUUCUCCGGCGCCAAGCAGCCGCCCAAGCCGGCCGCGCCGCCCGCCGCCGUGCCCGUGCAGCCCGCGUCCACGCCGAAACCGCCCUUCGGCAACCGGCAGAAGCGCGAGGGUCCCCCGCACCGCUCCCCGUCCGCCGACGGCGCCGAGCCCCCGCCGGAGCACGUGAAGCGCGAGCCGCCGCUGCCGCCGAGCAAGGCGCCCAUGCCCAUCUCCAUCACGCUGCACUCCGGCCAGGGCGCGCCCGUCAUCGUCACCAACAAGUCUCCCUUCUCGCGCAAGCCGGCUCCGGUAGUGGAGGCCGCGCCCGCGCCGCCCCCGCCCGCGCCCACCGCGUCCGACUUCCCGCCGCCGCCCACCCCGCGCCACCGCGGAGAGCCCGCGCCCCCCGCGCCCGCACCCGUGGCGCCCCCAGCUCCAGGGAAAUCCUGGGCCAGUCUCUUCAACAAGUCCUCAAGUAUAUCCACCGCUCCGGCGCCAGUGCCGGUGGCGCCUGUGCCCGUUGAGGAGCCCUCCAGCCCGACGGCGGUCGUUCCCCCGGUGAACCCGAAGCCUGUAGCUAAAGUGCCCCCAUUUGACGCAUCACCACUUCAGCAAAACGUGGCAGUAGUGACUGAGAAGGUCGGCCCAGCUGCGGUCAAACCGGCCCCAGUGACAGCCGCGCCGUCGGUGCUGUCGUACUCGGAGAAGACGUCGGUGGGCGCGUCUGGCGCGGCCGCAGGGGUGUCCAAGCCCGCGUCGCCGGCGGGCCCGGAGCCCCGCGAGGUGCCCGUGGUGAAGGACGCUGCGCCGGCCCUGCCCGUGCAGCCCUCGCCCUUCGCUGACGACCCCAACUCGUACAGGAUGGGAGAGUUCCUGUCCAAAUACACGCUCGACAACCGUCCAGUCUCGCUCCUGCCUCGGGGGCUCACCAAUCGCUCGAACUAUUGCUACGUGAACGCGAUAUUGCAAGCCCUGAUCGCGUGUCCGCCCUUCUACAACAUGCUGAAGGCUCUCCCCUACCAGACUAGAAGGGGGAAGUCUAGCACGCCCGUCAUUGAUGCCAUGGUCGAGCUAUGCUACGAGUUCACUCCCCUACCCCCCAACGCUCGAGUAUCCCGCGCUCGCGGCGCCGAGGCGGCCGGUGCUCUCCCCGUACAAACCGGGCCGCCACUAGACCCCGCCGCCGGGCAGAAGGUGCUCCGGGCUCUCAGACCCUUCCCCGGCUCACAAGAGGGCAGGCAGGAAGAUGCGGAGGAGUUCCUUGGGUGCUUGUUGAAUGGACUGAAUGAUGAGAUGCUUGAGCUGAUGAAGCUGGUGGAGCCCGAGGGCGAGGCGCAGAACGGCGUCGCGCAGGACUCGCCGCCGGAGGACGAGGACGACGAUGAUGAUGAGUGGAAGGUGAUGGGCCCCAAGAACAAGGGCGCGGUGGAACGGCGCUGGGCGGCGGGCCGCACGCCGCUGGCCGACAUCUUCCGCGGCCGCACGCGCUGUCGCCUGCACAGAGUCGCGCAUCAUGAUGUCACUGAUGCUGUGCAGCCGUUCUUUACACUGCAGCUUGAUAUUGAGCGAGCGAACAGCGUGAAAGACGCUCUAGAGCUCGUGGCGGGUAAGGACACCCUCGAGGGGGUGUCGGACGCCUGGCAGCAGCUGUCCAUCGAGCAACUGCCGAUUGUGCUGCUGCUGCAUCUGAAGUGCUUCCAGUUAGAUGCGGAGGGACACACGGCCAAGAUUGUGAAGAAUAUCGACUUCCCUAUUGACUUGAAGAUUGAUCAGAAGAUCAUGUCAUCCAAGUUGAAGUACGCGCAGAAACAGCGGCAGUACAAGCUGUUCGCAGUGGUGUACCAUGAGGGGGUUGAAGCUGUGAAGGGACAUUACCUCACAGACACCUACCACGGCCAGGCUGGGUGGAUCAGAUACGACGACUCCACAGUGACUCUAGUGAACGACGCUCAAGUGCUGAAGCCUAAAGCUCCGCGCAUGCCCUAUCUGCUCAUGUACAGGAGACAGGACACCCUGCCAGUGCCUCACCGCGCGGCGCCCAAGCCGGAGUGAACGUAUGUAGCGCCACAACCACCCGGGAGAAAUAUACCACAUUCGGGUUGAAUAUACUACAUCCGGGAUGAGUAGAUUACAUCAGAGCAGAAUAUAUUGCACCUGAGAUGAGUAGAUUACAUCUGGGCUGACUAUGUUACACUCGGGCUGAAUAUAUUACAUCUGGGCUGGCUAGAUUACAACUAGGCUGAAUAGAUCACACCCACAUGCCACAGGCACUAGGCCCUAGGGACACCAACACUUGGUCCUUUUAAGUAUACACAGUAUUCUAAAAAGGAUUUAAGAGUUAACAUGUGCCUGAAUUUUUAGCACAACGAAGCGUGUAUGUAUAUGUGUACCAUAUGUCUGUAUAUGUUAUGGAUGGCGUCAUUACGGCUAUGUAUAGGUUGUUUGCUAAAUUGGAUGUAUAAGUGUUACAAGACAUUUUUGAUUCUGUAUGUACAAACUUUUAUGUAUCAUACUUGCUUUAGUUCAUGUGACACAAGUUUGGGACUGAAUUUUGAAUGUAAAUAGUUUUGUGCUCACUUCACAGCAAAUUUCUUUUUCAUUUCGACACUUAUACAUUGCUAUUUACAAAUAAUUAUAGAUUCAAAUGAAUUCUAUAUAGGCAUAGAUAGAUGUAAAAAAUAUAGUUUUUAGUGUUAAUUGUAAAGUACAAAAUUUAAAUCAUUUUCUGGUUUGGUAAAAAAAUAUUCGAAUAUUUAUGGUAAACAUCCUCUCAUCAAAUUAAUAACCGUAUUUAUUAACCGAUUUCUACCCAGUUCCUUAUAUUUUUAGGCCUAACAGGUAAUAUAAGACUUAUAUUAAGCAUGUUAGUAAGUUAAUAUGUAGCAAUUUAAAGUUGGUAUCAAAUUUAUCAAAAAUAUUGCUUGCCUCAUGUGGCUAGAUGUAUCAUAAAACUGGCUGGUAAACAUGUGAUGGGAUUUUAGAAGCAGAAAAUGUACAGGGAUUUCAGUCCUUGUUUAAAAUAUAUGAUUCUAUAAAUUUAUUCGAUAGUAUAAUAAUAAAUAGGACGCUGGCGUUAUAAAUUGGCGAUUGAGAAAUUGUACAACAAAUUUAAAUGUUUACCAGACGUCCUUUUAGAUAAUGGCAUACCGCGAAAUGCUUUGUAAAUAACGUGUAGUAUAUUGUAUAAAGUAACUAAUAUUAACUAUUAUUCUUACGGUUAUUUUCUCUAUAAGACAACGGAAUUGUGGUGUAAUAAUUUGAAAAAAAAUGUAAAAAAAAGUUUAAUUGUUCAUUCUAACGAUAGUUUUUCACAGUAGCAUUUACGAUGUUUAUUACCGGCGUUUCAUGUUACAGUAGGUAAGUGAUAAAUACAUUACAUCAUUAAUGUAAUUUAUAACUAUGUCGGCACUAAACUUUAGUCGCGUCUGACAUACAUAAAACACUGAAAUACAUAAGGUAUUUGCAUUUCUAUAUUUGUAUAAUUGGAGUCGCGUGACUGGGGAUAAUGUAACAUGAAAACAUGUGGAAAACUGAAGAGUAGGUUCUUCAGAUACUCGUAUUUGUAAUAUAUUGACGUCUGAACUGUUUUUUAUGUUGUGAGCUUUCUCGGUUAAGUAUUUGUUUAGGGAGUGUAGCGGAGGGUAGGCAGGUGCCUCGGUGCUGGCGGGUAGGCGACGCGUGUGAUAGACUGGGACGUACGAACGAAGGAACGAAUGCACUCGUUUACAUUACUGUAAAGAUUGUUAUAACAAUAUAAGUGUUAAAUAUAAAAAUAAUAUAUAUCGCUCCGUUGGUAUGUUGUAAUCGAAAAUGGCUGUUUUUAAUAUUAUUCAAAUUCAAAAUAUAUGAUUAUCUUCUCAAUUUCGGGUAGCGACUGUGACAAACACAUCUAGCUUUUUUUAUAAAUAGUGAAAAAUUAAUUGGAGGAACGUAUCACAUGUGUAGAAAUUAAAAUACAUUUCGCUUUUACUGUAUCUAUGAUAAUAAUUAUAAUAAUGUUUGUGUAGAUAUAGCGACCCUUGUUUUUAAAAUAAAAUUAAUGAAUUUGUUUUGUAUUGCGCCAAGCUGCAAUGUUUUAAAAUGAUUUAACAUUUUGUUGAUAUUGAAUGUUUGAUCUCAGCCGCGCGAUCAAUGGCAGCGGUCGUCGGGCCAGACUCGACAUGUGGCCAAUUAAAUAAUUACCAAUGCCUUAACGUUUGGAUGUAAUAUUAGCUAAAAUAUGGGUAUUCGGUCGAUACUAAAAAUAAAAACUAUUUUAAUAACGAAAAAAACACUCAAAAACACCAUUAAUUAGAUGAUAUUGAUAUAAUAUGCUAGAUAAGAUUGCACUUGAUUAAAAGUAUGUGUCCAAAAGAAAAUUAGUCGUUAUUUAGUCAAUGUAAUUAUGAUUAAAUGAAUCGAAAUAGAUCUUACUUAUAUCAUUGAUUUGAUGAUACACUUGGUUUACAUGACUAAAGUGCUGGCUUUGCUAAAAUAUUAAAAUAACGUUGUGUUUGUUCAUUUAAUAAGUCGGAUUCGGGGUAGUUUGUAUGUUAGUUAGUAAUUACCGCUUGAGAAAUAAGCUUUAGCAACGCCACUAUGCGAUAUUUACACUUAUUUUAAUAUUUUGUCAUAAUUUUAGCGUGCAAGCACGUCAAGAGAAAAUGCGUUUCGCUUUUAAGCUUAUUGAAUUAAUUAUAACACCUUUUUUAUUUUAUUGCGUUAGUUCAGCACAAAAAAUGCUUUAAACAAGCAUGCGUAAGAGUGAGAUGCGGGAUGGAGAGUUAUAUUAUUUUUACUUCUUGUUUUUAGUCUACAAAUGCUGCCGAUCGAUAUUUUAGUUUGCCUUUUUAUUACCAUGUUUACUAAGUAGACACCCGAAAUAUAAUUCAUGAAUACAUCUUUAAUUUUUGCAAUAUUUGUAAAAUAUCUUUAAAAAAUAAUCGUUGCAUCGUCUUGUUCAAGAUACAAUAUUAGAUACCUUCGUCUUAGUAUAGUUAUACUUUACGGCUGUAUGUACCACUAUAUAAAAAACUCUGAAGGCGUUGCAUUGAUUGUACAAUCAUAUCUUCAGAUAUUGCAAUCAUUGCAAAUUAAGAAUUUAUAUGUAAUUUACUUUGAGUGUUGGUGUAGUUGUUACUAUAGAUUACUUUAGAUUGAGAGUUUAUAACGUUCCUGAUAUGUAAUAGUUUUAAAGAUGAUCAAAACAUUUGAGUGAAAUCAAAAUACGUCGCCUUAGGUUGUAUUUCUGUUGGACAAUACCGUUAUCAAAAUCUAAAAGUGCCAAUUGACAGAUUAUGAUCUAUUGAUUUGAACAUAAAGGUGAUCAAUAAAUUUUGCCCUUCUCAAAAAAGAGCAAGCUUUGUAACUGCGUACCAGAGCGCAUAAAAGGACAAAAUGUAUUUUGACCAUAGAUGUAUGUAUACAUGUGUAUACGCCCAAAAAAUCCCAAAUAUGAAUGUGAUCAAAAUUUUGUAUUUUAUGUAAUUUUUAAUCACUUCUAGUCGCCAUUAUUUGAUUGGUUUUUUAAUAGUUACUGUACAUCAUAAAUAGCUAUUCCUUGAGGGUUAACGGUAGUUUGUAAUUCCUUCAAGUCUACUUUGGCACCAUAAUAUCCUUUAAUAGCGUAGUGGCGACCCGUAUCUUCGAUACAGUCAAAUAGUUCAGGCUAUAUUACUUGGUGCAAUCGCUUUUUACGUAGUUUUACCGUUAAUGUAUAUCAAGGCGUUUGGUCCUAUGACUCCUAUGUAAAGAUUCUGCCAAAUGAAAUACUUAUUCGAUGCAUUUGUUCAUGAUCCCAUUAGUGCAAUAGUUGUCUUAAUUUUACAGGGUAGCUCUAUAGAGUUCUCUCAUGAAAUAGUAAACGUUAAAGAUACCAUAAAAAUAAGGUUUACAUGCACGUGAAAGGUAAUUAUCCUCUCGGUCAGUAUCCAUAUUUCAGUCAACAAACUGAUAUCCUUAUUUUUGUGAUAUUCUUUGAGAUGAUCGGAUAAUGAAAACAUAAUAAUUAACGAAGAGCUCUAUGGUGCACACUCGAAUUUACAAUGAAACAUAAAGCGGUCUACAACUUAGGUUUAACUAGAUUACGUGCCUAUUACUAAUUUUCCUUAUUUUUUAUAAUGAGAGGUAAUUUUUAAGUUAGCGUUAAUUUCCUAGAGUUAAGAUCCAAGGCUGUAUUCUCGAGGAGUGUUUUUUUUAUUCAAUGAAGCGAGGUUUAUGUAUUUUUUAUUUUACCGUAUUGGGUUUUUAUUUGAAUUGUUUAGAGAAUAGAUACUCCUGUUGGCCUCUACUGGCAAUGUUCUUAUAAAAAGACAAGAUGUAAAGUAUAAUGUAUGGAAAGUGUUUAUAUCCAGGCUCAGCAUCGCCUGUCGGUCCAGCGGCGUGAAUUGUUAUUUGUAUGAUGUAUGUGUGUAUGACUAACUAUAAAAUAAUCCUUUAUUUUGGUAACAUAUUGGUGUUAUGAGAAAUUUGUGAAUAAAAUAUGGUGUCAUUAAGAAAA